CAUAAUUCUGAUGCAUGCUCUAGUUUGACAACCACCACUUGAAUUCAUCUUCCUUUAACACAGAGAACUAUCAGGUGUCCCUCCUCAUGUGUGAAGCCGUAUUGGUGUCUCCCUUGAGCUGGGCUUGUCCCAUUAGCCCAUUGUGGGAAUGAGAUGUCAUUCUUUACCUCUUUUAACCAGGGUCCAUCAUGGAGACUGAUAAGUGUUCCCCAGGGUCUAUUCUACUCUUCUUCCUACCAUUACAGUCACUGGCCACCCCUACACGCCGUCACAACUUUUAAUACGCUUAUUAAUAUUUAAGGCAAUUUUUAAAAAUACGCAAACGACGUUGGCGCCUGAUUUUGUAAACAAAGUUUCACUGGAGGUUCCAGCAAGCAUCUGUCCACUCAAAAACCAGACUCCGGCAUCCGCCAUACCAAGUGGCACUGCGGGUGUCCGUCGCUAGAAGCAAUUCCUCCACCCCAGUUUAAAAAAAAAAAAAAAAGAAUGGGAGACGAAGAAAGAAAAGAUGGUUUCGCCGCAGCCUGCCAGGGGCCUCAGAGACGCCGGAAAGUAGGGACAGAAAGAAGCUUGCGAUGGCCCCCGCCCGCCCCCCGCACCGCAGUCCACACGGCUAACCGGGUCCUGCCGCUUUAAAUACGGUAGGCUCGGGGGCGCGGGGCAGGCAGUUGCCCCGGGAGACCGACGCACAACAGCGGCGCGCGCCCGCGGGAGCCCACGGGGACGGCGGCCACGCAGCUGGCUGUAAUCCCGCCUCCCGCCAGCCAUGGCUCACUUGCGCUCGCCUAGCGGCUUCGGAGACCCGAGGGAGAAUGACCAAAAGGAAUCAGAGGAGGGGUUAGAGGAGGAGGAGGUGGAGGAGGAGGUAGAAGAAGUGGAGGAGGAGGAAGAGGAGGAGAAGGAGGAAGUGGAAGAAGUGGAGGAAGAGGAGGAGGAGGAAGAGGAGGAAGAAGGGGAGGAGUUGGUGGGGGAAGAGCAGGAGUUGGAGGCCCCAGAGACGUUCAGCGAUGAGUACCUCUGGAAGGUCAUGGACAUUGGUGACUACGAGGACUUCCCAGACGUGCGUUCCCGCUUGGCCAGCAUCGUCAGCCCUAGCCUGAGCUCGACGCCCGAGCCCAGCCACAGCACGACCAGCACCGAAACGCCAAGCGCGAGCCUGCCCUCCAGCGCUUCCUCCCAUAAAAGUUUCCCUAAAAUAUUUCAGACGUUUAGAAAAGACAUGUCUGAAAUGGGUAUAGAUAGAAAUAUAAAUCACAAUUUGUCUUCAGGAAUUCCAAUAUCAGUACAAACAGAAGAAAGUUGGCUUCGAGAUUUGUCUGAAAAAGCGCAAUCAAGUGAAAAAGCAUCCAGUGAGAAAACUGAACCUGAGUCUCUGGCAUCUAAGUUAAGAGAGAAAUGGGUAAUUGAUCCAGAAGAGCCAAAACUAAAUAUUUUAUAUGAGCUGGAGUUUAAGGAAGACUUCAUGACACUGUUUGAGCCUUCUCUGAGAACAUUACCCAGCAUCGGACCACCUUCCAUUCUGGCAUACAAAGCAGAGAGGUCCAAUCUAGGCCUUAACUUCAAGGAUGAAGAGGAGGAGACAUCACCCGAAUGUGAAUUUUGUGGAAGCGAUCUAAGAGCAUUUUUUUCUAAUGUGGAUAUUUGCUCUGAAGCAAAAGGGCAUGCCUCCUGCUGUAUUGCUUUCCAAAAUCUGAUUGACUCUAUCUAUGAGGAGCAAAUAAAAAUCAAACCCCCUAAGGCUGAAUUAAUCGCUAUUAACCCUCAUGCAGCCCAUGGCAGUGAGGUCGACAGAUUCAAGGCAAAAGAAAAAGCCAUGCAAAGGAAACAGGAGCAACGAAUGGCCAGACAUUUUGCAAUAAUAUCAAGGGAACAGACUCAUUUCUCUGAAGAAGAUUCAAAGCGCUUAAAAACAAUUUCUUAUCAACUUUCUGUGGAUAUUCCAGAAAAACCGACAAUUGAUGACAUAAUAUUUGAUUUUCAACUAAAAAACAGUAACAUGUCCAUCAUUUGCUGUGAUUCUCGGAUGGCAGGUGGAAAGGUUGUGAGGAAUGAGCUCUUAGAGAAGCACUACAAACAUGGAAGCAAGUUUCUGACUUCAUUUCCAGAUGGGACAACACAAAUAUUCUAUCCAUCUGGAAACCUAGCCAUCAUUCGAGUGCCCAACAAGGUAAAUGGUUUCACUUGUAUAGUCCAAGAAGAUAUGCCCACUAACCCUCCUAUCCUGGCAAUACUGGAUUCCUCUGGCAGAAGUUCCUGCUAUCAUCCCAAUGGAAAUGUCUGGGUAUAUGUCAAUAUCUUGGGAGGUCAAUAUUCAGAUCAAGCCGGCAACAGAAUAAGGGCUUGGAAUUGGUCAAGUUCCAUCACUUCCCCACCCUUUGUUUCAUUUAAACCUGUCUUUCUGGCUUUGAACCGUUAUAUUGGAGUCCGAAUCCUAGAACAAGACAAGAUUUCUAUAACUUUUCUAGCAAUGGGCCAACAGGCAAGAAUCAGUGUUGGAACCAAAGUGGAGCUACCAAACCCUGAGGAGAUUCCAGUCCUCCGAUACGUGAGUGGAGAUGACCUUCUUCUGCUGGCCAGUUUAAUAAAGAUCCGUCGCCUGUUUCACAAACUGGAAGGAUGUGUGAAUUUUCCCUCAAGCCAGGUUUGGGAAAAAUUAAAGCAACCCUCCUACCUUUCUUCACUUUCUCUAAAACUAAUUGCCCUUUGUCACAGUUCUGGUAUAAAGCAAGAUAUAAUGAAUACAAUAACAAAUAUAAUAAAUGAAGAAAUUUAAUUAAGAAUGAUGAUGCUUUCAUUUGUUUUGUUGAGUUUUUUUGGGUGGAAGGAUCAGGAGUUUGCUGGCUGAUAUUGAGUGUGGGUGGAAGGAUCGAGAGUGUGAUGGCUGAUGGCUGAGUGUCAAUUUGAUUGGAUUGAAGGAUGCAAAGUAUUGUUCUGGGUGUAUCUGUGAGGGUGUUGCCAAAGGAGAUUAACAUUUGAGUCAAUGGACUAGGAGAGGCAGACCCGCCCUCAACCUGGGUGGGCACCAUCUAAUCAGCUGCCAGCACAACUAGGAUAAACCAGGCAGAAGGUAGAACGAGCAGACUUGCUGAGUCUUCCAGCUUUCAACUUUCUCCUGUUCCGGAUGCUUCCUGCCCUCAAACAUCUGACUCAAAAUUCUUCAGCUUUUGGACUCUUGGACCUGCACCAGUGGUUUGCCAGGGGCUCUCAGGACUUCAGUCACAGACCGAAGCCUGCAUAGUUGGCUUCCCUACUUUUGAGGUUUUGGGACUCAGACUGUCUUCCUUGCUACUCAGCUUGCCAAAGGCCUAGUUUGAGACUUCACCUUGUGAUUGUGUGAGUUAAUACUCCUUAAUAAGCUCCCCUUCAUAUAUACAUCUAUCCUAUUAGUUCUGUCCUUCUAGAGAACCCUAAUACAGGACGGAUUCAAAAAAAGUGUACAAAAUGACCAAAAUACCAAGGAAUAUGCUGUAUUAUCAAUUUAGAACACUUUCUGAACAUUACUGGUUUACAUUCUUUUUUUUUUUUUAGAGAUGGGGUCUCACUGUUGAAACAACAUCAUUUUCUGGGGCAAUACCCAAGUUUCGUUGCCUCAUGCCAGGAAAAUUAAGCAUCCAGACACACACAAGGAGUGAAUUUAAAAGCAGAGGUUUAAGCUGGGCGCAGUGGCUCACACCUGUAAUCCCAGCAC